AAAGGAACCUGUCAAAUGUUUUGCAAAAGAUGUUAAUUUGUUAAAUUAUUUAAAAUACCGUAUUUCUUUAAAUAAUAAUUAAUAUAAAUUUAAAUAUUUCACAACAUUUACAUAACAACUAUUAGUGUCUAGUCAAAAUGCUGCGAAAUGUUUUAUUACCUUUGUCACGUUCGAGUUUUCAGGUAAUGACGGUGCGGCAUAAACAGGUAAAAGUGCCUAAAGUCUCAAAGAAAUUGCAGUCAGCCGCAGAAUCACUAGCAGCCAGAGGAUUUCUCCGUCCCAACAAACCCUGGGAUCCACCGAGUGACAUCGAGCAGACUGUCUUAGAGAUCUGCACAGAGAACGGUUUAAGCACAGACUCAGAAUUCAUGUCAUUGAAAGUCAAGUUUACCGUUCUGAAUGCCUGCUUCCAGGAGACCGGGCAUAGUGUACCCAACUCUUUGCUGAAUAGUAUUGAGACUGUUGAGGACCUGCUAGAGUUCUAUAAGACCCCAGUGGAUACUAAAACACCAUUUGAUACAUUAAAGAAGAUGGACUUGCCCAAGAAUCUGCACGUGCAAGAAGACUAUGUCAGAUUCCAUCCUGACAAAGACACUCUCUUCAAUGGUCAGUCAGCGUUCCCAAAGAGUUCUACCAUUGUCUCCGGUUUGAAGACAAGGAAGAAGUACGAGGGAUACUCCGCUAAAAGAUCGUGGCCAAAUUAGUACCGUUAUUAUGUUAUAAUAUAAAUAAUCUAAUUAGAAGUAUGUGUUAGAUGUUUAAUAAAAAUGUUGAUAGAUUCAAAAUGUUUUAUUUUUUAUUUUUUUGGGACUA